AUGUCUAUGGUUACAAAUCUUCCGCAGAACCUCGAAACACUGAAAAGCAGGACUUUUCAUUUUGCUAUUCUCAAGGAAAAAACUUCAACUAACGUUCCAGUCCAUUAUUCUUUUAAAGAACUCGGGAAUUGCGAAUUGCCUGUGAUGGGAACGUAUGUUCACAGUCAUGUUUUACCCGGCGUUAGAUAUCGCGUGCGUUUGAGCGACACAAAUGAAUAUCUGUUCGGCGGGAAGGCAUUGAAACUUGAGUCGAUUGGUCAAGGAUACGGCAAAAGAAUCACUUUUGAAAGCAAAGAUAUUCUCGAAAAUAAUAACUUCUUUUGGUCGGACAGUCACGAAGCAGGUUUUGCUUUUUCGCCAGAAAUUUUGUCCGGUGGCGAAGUUUUUCAAGUCAUGGAUAACGUAGGCAAGCGUGUUGGGAUAUUUUCUGUAGACAGUGUGAACCAACAACAGCAAAUUACAGGCGUUACUCUCGAGAAGAAUACAGUCAAUAUUCACGCGAAAGCCAGUCUCUGUGGAAACAUGCAGCUGUUGUCUCAAUAUGAGAAAGAUAUACCUGUGGUGGGAGAAGUAAUCUUAAAAGUGAAUCGCUUUUCAUGCACCUUGGAGUUUUUGAAGACAGAAAACAGCGUUCUCGAUACAGUGUGGCACUUCGUUAAACACUUCAAGUAG